AUAUUGCUAGCAUUAAAAAAGCAACUAUUGAAUCUUAAAUCAAAAGCUAAUAUAGAAAUUACAACUGGUAACAAUACAAUAUACUAUUUUGAUAAUGAAUCAUUUAGAUUUUUAGCUGUAUUUAAACAAAAUAUUCUAUUUGAAGAAACUGAUAAAGAAAUCUAUGCU